AUGUGGUUCUUCAUUAUUCAAAAUGUCUAUGGCUUAUUAUCCAUCAUUUUCUAUAUUGUUGUUAUCAACUUAACAGUUCGCGAACGACGCUAUUUCAACUCAUCUUUUGUUAAAAUAUUUGUUACACUCGGUGUUGUGAACAUCUUAUCAUAUAUCGCUAUAUAUGUUACCGUGCGUUUGCCUCAACAAAUUCAUCAGAACAGCGAUUUGUCUGAAUUCUUCGCUUCGUUUCCUUUUCCAACCGUUUUGGCCGUCGCACAUUUCCUGACUUAUUACAGUUGUUAUGUUAAGAAUCUAACAAUUGUUCUAAUGAUUUUAAAUAGAUUAAGAUCUAUUGCCUGUCCCUUCUCUAGGGAAGCUAUUUGGGAUAUCCACUUCUGGAUUACAGUUGUGUUUGUUCUACUAUUCCCUCUGCCAUUCUGUUAUGGAAUCCUUUUCAAUAAAAGUUAUUACGCUUAUAAUCGGGAAUUAGAUGGAUACUUCAUCUCAUCUCAUGCUCAACAAGAUGACGACCUAUUAAAACUGACCAUAUUCCAAUGUGUCAUCACCAUCCUCUGCGUCAUACUGAACUUAUCGUCCAUUCUGAUUCUAUGUCAGCGAUCAAUGAGUUCCAACUACAAGAGAGAACUCAAUCUUUUAUCAGUCACUUUCCUGGCUUUUACAUUCCAAACACUAACUAGUAUAACUAUGGCUGCUCUUUACAUAACCCCGAAAGAUUCUAUGCAGAGGGCCCUCGCAAUAUUUAUACUUCCGUUCUGUAAUGAUCUAUUCUGUCUAACAUUCCCCUAUUUCUUCCUCAUUCUCAAUGCUCGAGUGAGGAAAUGCUUUUUUGAGAUGUCCAUAUUCAACUGGAUUAACGAUUCAUAUCACUUCCUCUCGAACAAAUCGGACAGUGAACCUUCAACGUUUGUUUAA